AUGUCGGACCCCAUCCCCUCCGCUAGUGCUGAUCCACAUGCAGUGGACCAGCCGCUUCCCGCCAACGCCGAAGACCGAAUGGCCGCUGCCGCCCUCUCCUCGCUGAAUACGAAUGGAUUAGCAGGUGAUGCGCCUUCCUCUAAGGGACCAUCCAGCGCAGACCAGGAAGCUUUGAGUAAGGCUAUGAGCCGGUUAGAGGUUGCUUCAGGCCAGGACACUGGAAAAAGGAAGGUGGCCGAGGCGAAGAAGAAAGAGGCAGAGGUGAAGAAGAAGGCCGUUAAAAUACUUGCAGCUGAUGUCACACUUCUGGCCGACCAGCUGGACUUGCAUAAGAAUAAAGCAACAGAACUUCUCAGGGCUCAUGAAGGGGAUGUCACACGUGCCAUGAAGGACUUCGUCGCGCCCUCAAUUCAUACAUGA